AUGUUCCGCACGAAUUUCAUAUAUAUUCCUCACUCUUACUAUGAUGAUACAACACUCAUCCUACAAGAGAUUGUAGAGACACCUCUUAAAUGUUAUAUCCAUUCACUUUCUGGUGAGAGGUUUGAGAAUAGACUCAAAUUCCAUAUGCCAAAUCCAUUUCAAGUGGAGAACCCUCUCCUUUAUAUUUUAGAGUCUGGAUCUGCUAACGGAACUCUUUGUCUCUGUGAACCACCGGAUGAACUUGUAUUGUGGAAUCCAAGUACCGAUGAAUUGAAUGUUGUUACUUCCAGUUCUAUGGUCUCUAUGCCACCUUAUCGGGAUCCUUACCCUGCUCUUCAUGGAUUUGGUUAUGACCAUGUUAGAGAUGACUAUAAGAUUAUUAGGUGUAUACAUUUUUUUCCACUAGAAGACGAAGAUCUUUUUCGUCUCAACUUGUUGAAGGAAGAUGUGCAACGAGAUGAAAUAUCUUAUGCACCUGUAUGGGAGAUUUAUAGUCUACGAUGUAACACUUGGGAAGAACUUCAUGUCGAUAUACCUCCACUUUGUUUUUCAGGUUUAUUGUACACAGAUGGAAUAUGUCAUUGGUUGUCUAGAAAUAAUGCUCAAUAUUACAUGGUGUCAUUUGACUUGAGCAAUCAUGUGUUUUUUACAACAUUCACGCCCUUAGAAAUACCGACAGACAUAGAUCCCAAUCUUGAUUUUGGGGAUGUGAUGAAACAAUUGGUGAUGUUAAAUGGUUCCAUUGCUUUGAUCUCUUGGUAUGAAUACACGGCCACCUUUCACAUAUCAGUUUUAGGUGAACUUGGUGUGAGUGAAUCAUGGACUAAACUCUUUAUUAUUGGACCUUUGUCCGACCUUUUAACGUAUCCUAUUGGAGCAGGGAGUAAUGGUGAUAUAUUCUUCAAAGCAGGAGAUGGAAAACUAGUCUUUGAUUUAAGAACACAGAUGAUUGAGGAACUUGACGGUGUGGAAAAAGCAUAUUCCGAAAUAAUAAUCUAUAAGAAAAAUGGAGGAAUAGAUCAUUAG